UGGGGGCAAGCAAUAGAAGGAUCUAGAAACCCUAGCAAUAUAUAAACACUCCUUAACCCCUACGUUUGCAGCCUCACUCUCUGAUCCCCAUUCCCUCUCUCUCUUAUUUGCUCUCUGAAAUAAUUUAGGGUUCUUAUUAAGAGCGAUGGCGGAUGUGGAGACGUUUGCUUUCCAAGCCGAGAUCAACCAGCUCUUGAGCUUGAUCAUCAAUACUUUCUACAGCAACAAGGAGAUCUUUCUCCGUGAACUUAUCAGCAAUGCCUCUGAUGCAUUGGACAAAAUUAGGUUUGAGAGCUUGACAGACAAGAGCAAGCUCGAUGCUCAGCCUGAGCUUUUCAUCCACAUUGUUCCUGACAAGACCAGCAACACAUUGACCAUUAUUGAUAGUGGUGUCGGCAUGACCAAGGCUGAUUUGGUUAACAAUCUUGGUACCAUUGCCCGAUCUGGAACCAAAGAGUUCAUGGAGGCAUUAGCUGCUGGAGCUGAUGUGAGCAUGAUUGGACAAUUUGGUGUUGGUUUCUACUCAGCAUAUUUGGUUGCAGAGAAGGUGAUUGUGACCUCAAAGCACAAUGAUGAUGAGCAGUAUGUGUGGGAGUCUCAAGCUGGUGGGUCAUUCACUGUCAUCAGAGACACCUCUGGGGAGCCCCUUGGUAGGGGUACAAAGAUCGUUCUCUAUCUUAAGGAGGACCAGCUUGAGUAUCUUGAGGAGCGCUGCCUCAAGGAUUUGGUCAAGAAGCACUCUGAGUUCAUCAGCUACCCAAUCUCCCUCUGGAUUGAGAAGACUACUGAGAAGGAGAUUUCUGAUGACGAGGAUGAAGAAGAAAAAAAGGAUGAGGAAGGAAAGGUAGAGGAUGUUGAUGAAGAGAAGGAGAAGGAAGAGAAGAAAAAGAAGAAGAUCAAGGAGGUGUCCCACGAGUGGUCUUUGGUGAACAAGCAGAAACCCAUCUGGAUGAGGAAGCCUGAUGAGAUUACCAAGGAGGAGUAUGCUGCUUUCUACAAGAGCCUUACCAAUGACUGGGAGGAGCACUUGGCUGUCAAGCACUUUUCAGUUGAGGGACAGCUUGAGUUCAAGGCCAUCCUCUUUGUUCCCAAGAGGGCUCCUUUUGAUCUCUUUGACACGAAGAAGAAGCCCAACAACAUCAAGCUCUAUGUCCGUCGUGUAUUCAUCAUGGACAACUGUGAGGAUUUGAUUCCCGAGUACCUUAGCUUUGUCAAGGGUAUUGUGGAUUCGGAGGAUCUUCCUCUCAACAUCUCCAGAGAAAUGUUGCAGCAAAACAAGAUCCUCAAAGUCAUCCGCAAGAACUUGGUGAAGAAAUGCCUCGAGCUCUUCUUUGAGAUUGCUGAAAACAAGGAAGAUUACAACAAGUUUUACGAGUCCUUCUCUAAGAACCUCAAGCUUGGUAUCCAUGAGGAUUCCUCGAACAAGUCAAAGCUUGCUGAGUUGCUCAGAUAUCACUCUACUAAGAGUGGUGACGAGCUGACUAGCUUGAAAGACUAUGUGACAAGGAUGAAGGAGGGCCAGAGUGACAUUUACUACAUCACUGGUGAGAGCAAGAAGGCUGUUGAGAACUCACCGUUCCUUGAGAAGUUGAAGAAGAAGGGCUAUGAAGUUCUCUACAUGGUCGACGCCAUUGAUGAGUACGCCGUGGGCCAACUCAAGGAAUUUGAGGGCAAGAAGCUUGUCUCUGCCACCAAGGAGGGCUUGAAGCUUGAAGAGACCGAAGAUGAGAAGCAAAAGCAGGAAGAAUUGAAGCAGAAGUUUGAGGGUCUCUGCAAGGUUAUCAAGGAUGUGCUGGGAGACAAGGUUGAGAAGGUUGUGGUGUCUGACCGUGUGGUAGAUUCUCCUUGCUGUUUGGUGACCGGUGAGUAUGGCUGGACUGCCAACAUGGAGAGAAUCAUGAGGGCUCAAGCCUUGAGAGACAACAGCAUGGCUGGGUACAUGUCGAGCAAGAAGACCAUGGAGAUCAACCCAGAGAACCCCAUCAUGGAGGAGCUUAGGAAAAGAGCUGAUGCUGACAAGAACGACAAGUCUGUGAAGGACCUUGUUCUCCUUCUCUUUGAGACUGCACUUCUGACCUCUGGUUUCAGUCUAGAUGAACCCAACACCUUUGGCAACCGAAUCCACAGGAUGCUGAAGCUGGGCUUGAGCAUCGAUGAGGAUGCUGUUGAAGCCGAUGCUGAAAUGCCCCCAUUGGAAGAAGCUGAAGCCGACGCAGAGGGCAGCAAGAUGGAGGAAGUCGAUUAAGAGGGCAUAAAUUAGCUUUUAAAGUUUCUCUCGAUAGUUUUAUUCUUAAUGUUUGUGGUACUCUAGUUAUAUUUUUCUUACUGCCUCCUCUCGUGGGGGUUUUGGAUAAUUUUGGGAGCUUGCUUUGAAGCUAUGUUUUUCGGCAUUUUAUUAAAGUUUUUUACGCAGUGAGGUUCUAAAGAA